AUGUCUACUUCAGUCACCGCCUCCAGCUCGCUCCCCGAUAACCCUCGCCCCAGUCGCUUGCGCCGCUUCAGCCAACUGCGAACUUACACUCAUAAUCUUUCCUCCACUGGUUCCCAACGAUCAAGAAAUAGUAUAAGUAGUCGAGUUCCUUGGCGCACCUCAAUUUCGGGCUCAAACUCUCCGACAGUGGAGAACUCCACCACUCCAUGUCCUGAAACCGAACCAUCUCUCUCCCGCUACACUUCUGCGCCCGCUCCCAGCUACGGUAUCGGCGACCUCAACAGCCACGCUUCGUCUACCGAAUCCGCCACUUCAACCCCUUUGAACGAAGUCGACGAGACACCUCAUGUGAUGGCGCGGCUAAGGAGCGCAUCGGCGGCCCAGCAAUCGACACCCUCCCCUGAACCGAGCGUCGUUCCAGAAAGCGCGGCAGCGGCAGCGGCAGAGACCGCCCCCGCGGAGUCGACUACCCCGCCAAGAUCGGAAACAAAGGCAACCAUUCGAUUCUUCCCAUACACGGAUACCUCCCAAAGCUCUCGGCCGUCCCUACCUUUCGUCCCUGUCACUCGAACCCUUCCGUCGGAGAGCUGUGUCAUCAGAGUCGGUCGAUACUCUGAACGAGAUGGUGUGCCAAACCCCAACCCAACUGAACCCACGGACACCCCUGUCGGCUUCAAGUCAAAGGUCGUGAGUCGUAAACACUGUGAGUUCCUAUACGUGAACGGCCAGUGGCACAUCAAAGAUGUCGGAAGUUCCUCGGGGACCUUCUUGAACCACAUGCGCCUCAGUCAGCCGAACAUGGUGUCCCGCCUGUAUUCCAUCAAGGACGGCGACAUCGUGCAGUUGGGUAUCGACUUCCGCGGGGGAGAGGAGAUGAUCUUCCGAUGUGUUCGAAUCCGAAUCGAGUGUAAUCGAUCAUGGCAGCAGAAGCCUAAUGAGUUCAACAAAAACACCGAGAGUUUGAUCAAAAACCUUGGAAAGGGCGAGACGGCCGAUUAUUCAGGUUGUCGUGAAUGCUCUAUUUGCCUUGGCUCUGUCUUGCGACCAUACCAGUGCUUGUUCAUGGCAGCAUGCGCCCACGUCUGGCAUUACAAGUGCAUUAGUCGCCUACUGCACUCACCCGACUAUCCAAUGUUCCAAUGCCCCAACUGUCGCGCAUUCACUGACCUCAGCGCCGACGUUGAUGAUACCAACGAAGCCGAUGACACACCAGAAAACGAUCAGUCCAAAGAUGAAGCCUCGAAUGCCUCUGCCGAACCUGAAACAGAUGCACCCUCGAAUGCCGAUACAAACAGCACCGAAGAGCCCCAGGAGCAGCCGGAACAGCUCCCCGAAGAAGCAGCGCUGGCCAACGAGGUCGAAAACCUGCACCUGGAAGAGCUCGAUCGCCAAAUGGAAAGCGCUUUCCGCUCGACUUCCCCAGAUGGUCUCGCUCGCAGUGCCACCGUCAACAUCCCUGGCUGGCAACCCUCGCUUCCUCUAAGUGUGCCCGCAGGCCGUCCACCACAUUUGCGAUCCGACACCCCUACAUCCGAUGACAACCCAUUGACACCUCGGAACGACUCCGGGCCCCUUGCAUUCGACGGUCGAGCAGGCAUGCUGUAA